UAUCUCAUUCGAGUAAACGAUUUACCAUUGUACCGGAUUCGGCACUUUUAAUUCUUGUUGGUUUUGCUGCUGGUAGUGUAAUGGAUCGUUUUUGGCCACAUGAAAUUUAUUUACAUCCAGAUUUUUUUUCCUCUAUCUAUUACCACCAAUUGCAUUGGAUGCCGGUUAUGCAUUACCUAAUCAGGCUUUUUUUGAAAAUUUUGGUACCAUUAUAUUAUAUGCUGUGGUAGGAACAAUUUGGAAUAUUGUUUCUAU